AUGGAAGAUACUGAAACGAAAGAGAGAAUCGAAGAAACAGUUCUGAAGAUCUUACAAGAAUCAAACAUGGAUGAAGUCACCGAAUCCAAGAUUCGUAAGCAAGCCUCCAACGAACUCGACCUCAACCUAUCUCAGCCUCCUUUCAAAGCCUUAGUCAAGCAAAUCAUCGAAGCUUUUCUCAAACAGAAGCAGCAGCAACAAGAGGAAGCGGAAGAGGAAGAAGAAAAACCAAAGCCCAGACAAGACGCAGUUUCCAGCAGAAACAACAAUGUGUAUGAUGAUUCCGGCGAUCUCGUUAUCUGCGAGCUUGGGAAAAAGAGAAAAGUGACAAUUCAGGAUUUCAAAGGGAGAACUUUUGUGUCUAUAAGGGAGUUUUAUAACAAGGAUGGCAAGGAACUUCCUUCUUCUAAAGGAAUAAGUUUGACUGGGGAGCAGUGGUCAACCUUUAAGAAAAGUGUGCCAGCCAUAGAAGAAGCCAUUCAGGAAAUGGAGUCGCGUGUAUGA